AUGAUCCCGGAGAAAUGGAAUGAUGUUCUGACAAGUGGGGAUUUUUCAUUUCCUGCUCUGCAGAGAACAGGAACAUUGGCUACUGGGAGUGUUCCCUCAGAAAUCAUAGAAAAAGAAUGAAAAAAGUUACUUGAACUCCUCCAACAAGAUCCUGAUUGUAUCUUAGAUACAUUAACCUCUCAGAGGCUAAUUUCUGAGGAAGAGUAUGAAAUUCUGGAGAAUAUUACAGAUCCCAUGAAGAAAAGUUGGAAGCUAUUAAUUUUGGUACAGAAAAAGGGAGAAGUGAGCGGUCAGCUUUUUGUCAACUGUUUACUUAGUACUUUCCCCCAACCUUUCCUAUUCUUUCCAGAACUUUUAAAACAUGAUUAUAUAGAGCCACCGCAACCUGUGGGGGUAAGCAGGGAAGGAUUUUUUAUUCCUGGAGAGAAAGAGCCUGAGAAUCCUGAGAUCACCAUGUCCUUCAAAGAGAAAGAACACUUGGAUUUGGAAACCUCUGAGUCUUUCACGGACAAGAAGGCUGGUUAUCGGGAAACUGCUUGGUCCUCAAGGGAAAAUGAGAAGGAAUACAGCACACCAAAAUUCACAUCUCUGCAAUUGGUUGAGAAUGUUGAAUGUGAGUUUCCAGCAACUAUUGAGUAUUUACAGGAUGAACAGAGAUAUGAGGAGCCAGAUGAUUCUUUACACUUAGGAAAAGAGGACUAUCUAGAAUCUGUUGGGUACUCGGAAGAUGCAGACACCCCCGUGGAAGAGGAUGCUUAUGAUGACCCGGAGUGCAUUAUCUAUGACAGCAAAGAGGACUCUUUGUAUUCUGAAACCAUGGAGUUCUCUGAUGAAGAACAGAAUUAUGAAGAUUCAGAAACUGGCAUGUCAUUGGAGGAGGAAGAGGAGAAAAGUAUGGAAGGCCUCUCUCUGCUGUGGCCUCUCCCAUUGUGGAGCACAGGCAUGCCUGUCAUCUCUUUUGUGCGUCUAGGAUACUGUAGCUUCUCCAAGUCCAGAAUCCUCAACACACUGCUCAGCCCUGCCCACCUGAAAUCACACAAAAUCUUUCUCCAUCAGGAUUUGCCUGUUCUGGUGCUUCCCCAGCAGAUCUCUGAUGGCCUGGUUGAGGUAACAUGCAGUUUUCCUGAUAGUGAUGGUCUAAAGGAAAACCCCAGUUUUUUCCAGAAAGCUGUUGCUGUGGCCAACCUUCGUGGGGAUCUAGAAAGUUUUUGGACACAGUUUGGUUUCUUGAUGGAAGUUUUCUCAGCUGUGAUUUUUUUCAUUGACUGCCUAGGUGAGAAGGAAUGGGGCUUGCUAAUGUUUUUAGGAGAAGCUGCCACUGAAAGAUGCUACUUUGUCCUCAGUCCACAGGCCAGGGGGAAUGAGGAGGCUCAGAUUUCCCAGAGGAUCCUGAAGUUGAAGCCAUCACAGCUGCUGUUUUGGGAGGAGGAGGAAGCUGGAGAGACAGGGAGGAACAUGGAGGGUGUUCAAGCUGCCCUGAAAGAAGUGAUGUCCUCUUCACUCAGAUGUAUGUCUGUGGAGGACAUUGCACCCCUGGCCAGGGAGUUGGGGAUACAGAUAGACCACGAAUUUGAGAACAUGCAGGGGAUUCAAGUUUCCCCUACUGAAAACUUGGCUGGAACAGCUGAAGAUGAGGGACCACAAAGACACAGUCAGCCAAAAAACUCAUCUGAAAGCCCCGCUUAGAUGUCAGUAAGAGAGGCUGAGGCUAGAUGUGAGAUCAGCCCAAAUCUUCAGAAUUUCCAUCUCACCCCAGUAUUCAUGCCUCUUCUGAAAAACUGCUGUCCUUUACCAACCAGAAAUGGAGGUAAUUUUAACCGUGUUUCUUUGACAGCCCCCUGGGUUAUGGUCUCCCAGUUUUGGUUAGAGCAGAGGUCUCAGAGUUUCCAUCCUUCACCCUUUCAGAAUACAAGGGUCCAUAAUCCGGGUAGUUUUGGGAUUCAAUAAUUCCAACCUCAGAGAUUUUAUUCAGGCGAAAGAUUUAUGAAAUUUUCAAGAACUGCUCAGGGACGUCACAUGGAUAAAACUUUUGGGAGACCACCAAGACCCAUUUCUCAGCAUGUACAGGCCUGGUCUGAGAGACCACAGAAAAUGGGAGCCCUUGAAAGAUCUGGGGAAGUGGACUCCCAGGGAGGUCACCUCCGUUCCCCGGGUUCACAGCCAGCAAGAGCGGUUGGGAAGUCACAGCCUAGGCAAGUCUGUGCCUGGGGAACACGGCCAAAUGAGGCAAUUAGAAAAUUCAUGAGAACAAAAUCCCAUAUUGAAAAUCCUCACCAUCAAGCAUUUCAAGCAGCAGGAGCCAUACAAAAACCCAUAAGGACUGCCUCUCAGCAAGGAGCUAAGCUGAAGACACAAGGUGGGCCUUCAAAUCCAUCUUUCCAAAUGGGAUUCAAACCUAUGUCCAACAGCAAAUUUUUGCUCAGCUCUCAGUUCAAAUCCAAUCAGCCCAAGUCGUGCCCGGCCAAGCAGUCCCAGCAACCCUCUCAACCUGUGUUCUCUCAACCCAAACUCAUUCAGACAAAUCCACUCAGCACCAGCCCUCCAAGUCUCAGUCCUCCCAAUCUAAGCCUUCUCAGCCCUAGACCUCCCAAGCUAAACCUUCUCCAUCCAAACCCACUCAGCCCAAGCCAUGCCAGCCCCAAUCCUCCCAAUCUAGGCCUUCCCAGCCCAGACCCACUCAACCCAAGUCAUUUCUGACUGGUCCUUCUCAGGCUAAGGCAUAUGACCCAAGAGCAGGGCCCAAGAGGGUAGGGAAGCAUUAAAGUCCUUACUCUGGAGACCUAUGAAAUGUAUCCUUUGCCCAGGCCUUUCCUAUCAUAUAUAUAGUAACCUGAAGAAGAGUGGCAGUGAUGGUAAAAGAGUACUAUCAUUAGCAUGACACAGAUAGCAAGAUAUGCACAGCCUAAUUGGAUAUCAUAAAAAUAUAAGAAUUGUGUCCCUAAAAAAAAGGAAAAAUACGAAAAGAGUAAAGAAUAGAAUCAAGCAGUAAAUAAAAGAAUUGAAUACAACCUUGAGUAUUAGGUAAUAUAUAACCUGAAUCCAGGGAAUGGGGGCUGUAAGACAAUUUCACUUGGAAAAGAGUGGGGAUGAUGCCUUUAGUUGCAAAGUGACCAUAAAAUAGGGCGCAAGUUGCAUCAGUGUUGCAAGAAAAACUGCCCUAGAUGUUGGCUGCUCUAGAGGUGUUUUGGUCAAAAAUUUUUGGUUUGAUAUCAGCCGCUAAGCAGGUAACCUUGUUUGUUUGGAAUGUUUAAAUCAACUUGCUUGUGAUAAUAGCCCCAAAUUGCUCGGAUGAUAAAACUCAAUUGACCCUUACAUAUAGAAAUAAUGAGCUAACAACCAAGGAAAUUAAUUAUUUUGCCUUAACUUUGGGAAUGAUCUGUGUAUGUUUCAUAUUUUAAAUGUUUGUAGUGGUUAAGAUAAUUUGGCUAAUUAGAGGAUCUGAUAUAUUAGCCUCAUGACUCUAACUUAAAAUGUGUAAUCGAAUUUUUAAUUUUAGAGUUCUGAUUUUUUUAAGUUGAAAAGAUUAAGAUAGGUUUACAAAGUUUGUAAAAAGCAUUGAAAUGUUUAAGAGAACUGAAGAUUCACAUAAUUCUCAACUGUAAUUUAUUAGAUACAUUAUUGUUCUAAACAUUUGGUUAAGUUCUGCUAGCUAGAAGCAGUAAGUAGAAGGAAUAUUAAAUUUAAAAUAUUUAAGUGAGGUUUAAUUAAGUUUGUGAGUGACACCAAAUAUUAA